AUGAGGGUCAAAGGAUCAUUCAGCUCUGACAAUCCAGGACUGAUCAAGAGAAGAUUCCUUCUCGUCGAAAAGGAAGGAAGAUUGGAUCAUGAUCACUUCUCAACGGCUCUCAUGCGCAUCAAUGUCUCGAAUCACAAUUGUGCAGUUAGCCAAUGGGAGACUAAGUACGAUGUUGGACAAGUUAUGAUGGUGGUUCCUGGCGGACGAAGCUCCAUGAAGGACCCUUGUUGCCAAGACUCGUGGACACCCACACCAGCUGAGAUGCACGAAACUGGACAUGGCUGCAACAAAUAUCUUUACAGUACCCUACCCAAGUGUGAGCAGGUCUGCAGGCAAUUAUUGUAG